CGAGGCCGAAGAUUUUACAUGCCCUGCAAGUACAAGGGAAAGAAAUCGGAUUGCGGGAGUGACAUUUAUCUCUGCUCGUCGGUCCUUGUAUUCGGUAAUGUUCUACUGUUCCUGUACAGAGAUCGCUCGGUUUUCUGCGCUAAUUCUUGUUUCGAUUUUCGUGGUGUGUCGACCGAAGAAGAAAUCUUCAAACCCUACCUCCACUUCGUCCCCCCACCUUAGGCUUAGAUGCUGGAAGUUUCCCUUCAUAUUUAUUUUUUCAUCACUGUCGCUUAUGAUCAGAAUCGAGCCAGAGUCAUCUUCAUCUUUUUGCGUCUGAUUAUAAUUUAUCAUUCUCAACUUUAAAAACAACUCAGAGCAAUACUUCUGUAGUUCGUUAUAUCGAGGAUCUUCUAAUCUAGUAGAAGAAGAUUCUUGUCACUCUGAAUACCCAAAGCACAUCAGUGUCUUGUCAAUCUUCUCUAGUAGAAGAUUCCUAAUAAUUGUCAGCAACCCAAAUCUCUAGUAGGAGAUUCAUCUUAGUUGUCAUUGUCACCUUUCUAAGCAAACCAAAACCAAAACAAAAAAAUGCCGCAAGAACGCGCUUGGUUGAGUCGCUCUCAGAGCGUGCCACACCCGCUCCAAAAACCACCAGGAGCAACGAUGGUCCCUGGCACAGGCCAAGUCUUCUGGGAUGCACCAGUUCAAGUCAACUGGCAGCCAUGUCAAGGAGGAGAUAGACCGAAGAUAGGUACAGAGGACACCUGUAUCUAUAGUGUGCCGUCGAUAGAUGACAGAAAAGGUUUGAAACCUUCAUUGGGCUUCCAGUCAGGGCGAAACCUUCAUUGGGCUUCCAGUCAGGGCAUGUAUUUUUGAGCUUUGUUCACCACCUCCACAUGCAUCGUCCAGGUCGCGAACUCUGGGACCGCAGCGUGACGAACCCAUAUCAAUUCGACAAGACGUUUGUCAAUCGAGUCGAGAGCUUCAAGAUGCGGGCACAAGACAGAUUGGAGGAACUCGCAACAGAACCGCCACUUUCCUCGAGGAGUGGAAUGAGCUCGGGGAGAGGCACAACUACUACUCUAGAUACAACGGAGUGGUCGAUUUACUAGAAGUAGAUGAACAAGAAGUACUUACAAAUGAUAGUCACACGAGCAGUGAGUGGGACCUGAUGUUGACAUCAAGAUGAACAACUGUAGUACUGCUCGCCAUUUUGAUUUUGUUCUUUCUCUUUGACUUCUUUUAUGUGUAAUUUUCAAUCAUGAAGAUGUUGUCAUGAAAAAUUCUGCUCAAUCUCGAACCAGGUAGCGUCCCAGAGAGGCAAUAUUCAGCACGACGAGCCCAGAGUUUUGAGUACACAAACAAGACACCGUUUACAGUCCAUAGUCGGGAGUCUCCGAACCUAGUUUUAUCGAUUGCGAGGGAUAAGCCUGGAUAUAUGGGGUACUUUAUACGAUCUUCGAUAAGUUUUAGGUUUAUGAGCGAGGUCAACAGCAGUCUUCUCUUGUUUUAUGUUAUCUUGAAUCCUGGAAAAAGGUGGCUCCUCGGCGGUUGCAGCAGCGGUAUGUGGACUAAUAGAGUAGUUCUCUCCCAAUCCCUACACGUUAUUUAGGACAGGUCUGUCUCUGUAGUCUCGACUUCUACAUCAUCUUCUAGUAGCAGAGUGACACUCACUUUUUUGUUAUGAAAGGAACUAGAGACAAACUCUAACUCGGCAUUUUUUCUUGAAACUAGUAACCACUAACCAGAAGAAGAAGCACCCUCAUCAAUCUUCUUCUUCUCUUAACACUCAUGAAACACCCUCAUCUACUCUUUCGCCCUCCAGAUACAUCCCCGGAGAGAAGUCAGAAAACGUGUUUGGUUGGGUCUGGAACAAGAAUGUUGCCUACUGCAACCAGCUGACAGGCCCCUUGCGCUCUCAGGCCUACGACGGCGCGAGAGGUAUGCUACCGCUGCCUCAACGCUACCCAGAGGUCCGAACACAUCCGGCGCGAUAUUUGUGCCGAGACUAA